AUGUUACUGGCCUCCAAGAAUGGUUCAAAUACACAAAUACGGAGCAUCAUUAGUGGAAAGACGCAGCACAUUCUGGGGAGCAACAUUAAUGGGCACACAGCUCACGAUUUCUCACCUGACGGCAAGGUUUUUGCCUCUGCAUGUGAAGAUCACACUGUCCGGUUAUGGGAACUUGCAAGUGGGAAUAAAGACCAAGAUAUAUCGCAACCCACCUGCAAGGAGAUCACAAAAUCUGUGAUAGUUUCUCUGGAUGGGCAGGUGGUAGCCCUAGCCUCUGAGACGCCAUUCCUCAAUAGUGGUGCUGUGGUUAGGCUUUGGGAUACAAAUGCAGGCACUUUCCAGAUCAUUUCACGCGAAAAUCUCCGCAGCAACCCACUCACGUUCUCCCCAGAUGGGAGACUGCUCGCUCUAAACACAUUCAGCAAAGGCAUUUGCUUGUGGAAUGUCAAAAAGGGCAGAGAUGAUAUCAGACUUCGGUUAAAACCAGAAGGCUCACGUUCAAUUGUCUUCUCUCCAGAUAGCCGCAGUCUUGCUGUUGCUAUUGAUGAGGCUCUCAUCUGGAUAUGGGAUAUCAAAACCAACAAGCGGCGCAAAAUCACCAUCAGUGACCCCGCCGUCCGGAGACCCGUUGUCAAGAAGGUACCGCUUGCUUUCUCGCCUUGUGGGGAUUCCCUCGCUUGUGGCAUCGGUCAAGAGAUCCGGCUGUAUGAUAUUAUAUCAGGAAAGGAAGGAUUGAUCCUUAAAGGUCAUUCGGAUGAAGUCUCUGCGCUUGUCUUCUCGGCCGAUGGAAACAUCUUAGCAUCUGCCGCUUGGGAUGGAGAUGUCAAUAUCUGGGACAUGAGCACCCACAGUUACCGCGUGUUGAAAAGCUCUUCAAACCAACCAGGAAAGGUAUGCUUCUCACCCAAUGGGAGGCUUCUGGCUUGUUCCUCGCUGGUGGGACAUUCGUUCUGGGAUGUCGCAUCGGGGGCUCUGUUGGGCAAGGGGUACUUCGACGUUUGGUCUAACUACUUUUCAUUUUCUCCAUGUGGUACACAUUUCUUAACAGACAGAGGUGCGAUUGGAUUAUCUGAUGGACGGCUUCCUGCUCCUAUCUCUGCAUCACAGGCUUGGUUCUGGAAAGGCAGUACACCUUUCUUAUAUUUACAUCCAGGCUGGCGCAAUUCUUUACAGUUUGUCUGUGGGGACAUUGCAGUGUUUCUGUCUGAUUCUGGCGAGCCGCUGGUUCUACGACUUGGUGGCCAUAUGGGAUGGGAAGCAUCAAAAUGA